CCCGGUUAUCUACUCCAGAGACUCCGUUUCUCGUUCAUCAACCUCUCGGUCGGCGGUUACCUCGAGUUCUCGUCCUCGCCGAUUACAACGCUACUUAGGCUACAUUUAAAUAUUCAGAUUUUGAUGGAUCUUAGUUGAAAGUUCGAAAAAAAUUAUUUUGAAGACAUUCGAUAGUAAGUUGGAAAUCUUUGAUUUCAAAGACUACAAAGUAGAAAGUUUAGAAAAUGUUGAUCUCGAAGACUAUCUAGUAGAAAGUUCAAAAGUUUUCAAUUCGGAAGACUAGAAGUUGGAAGUUGAGAACAGAAUUUUUCGGAGACCUUUUUGUAGUAAGUUGAACAUUUUUUAUUAAAAGUUGAACAUUCUCACUUGUUAGUUGAAAAUACAUCGAUUUGAAAAAAAAUCUUGUUUAUAUUUGGGUGACUGAUUAGUGAAAAUUGAAAAAUUGCAAUUCUCCAUACUAGGUGAGUAGGCCUACUCUUCGGACAAUUGAAAAUAUUACUAAUCAAUACUUUAUACAUAUCAAAGUUUUGAAAAACUUCAGGUUUGAAAAUCAAUUUAUUUAUUAUGAUUGAGGACUGUAUAUGAAUUCACAAGAAUAAGUUACAUAUUUGUAAGUUGAGUAUUCAUAUUGUGGUAACUGUGGAGUGAAGAGUUCAAAAACUUGAGUUUUAAAGACAAUCAAAUUGAAAUUUAGGAAAAUUUCUAUCAGGAACACUAUAUUUAUUUCAGUUUGGGAUCAUUUUCAUCAAGGACUAUUUUUAUAAUAUUUAAUCUUCGAAGUCUACUUGGUUGGAAGUUGAAAAUAAUCUAUCAACAUAAUAUUUACAUUGAAAUUUCGAGGUUCACUUGAUUCAAACCCGAACGCUGCGAUGAAUUUCGUUUGAGACCCGGUCAACACCCAAAAUCACCACGGUGGAGUGCGGGUACGCGACAGCGGGGUCUCCCUGGCCCCUGGAACUGGACCCCGUGGCGGCCGCCUGGGGUCGCAAACUGUACCCCCCUGGGGGCCGAAAUGCCCCCGGUCUCAUGUUCGGCCUCCACCAGGAGCCACACGGCGCCCGAGGUCCUCUCGCCGGACUCAAGGAGGAGCCGCUUUCGAGUUCGCAGUUGGCAGCCGCCAGGUCCUGGAUACAGCCUACCGUUGUUGACCAAACCAGCGUUGGAGUUGGCAGAGCUCACUUCGAGAAGCAGCCUCCCAGCAAUCUACGCAAAUCCAACUUCUUCCACUUCGUGAUCGCCCUCUACGACAGAGCUGGCCAACCGGUUGAAAUUGAAAGAACGGCUUUCAUCGGAUUUGUUGAAAAAGAUCAAGAGACAGAAGCACAAAAAACGAAUAAUGGCAUCCAGUAUCGUCUUCAGCUGCUCUACGCUAAUGGGGUUCGACAAGAGCAAGACAUCUUCGUCAGGCUUAUCGACUCAGUUACUAAGCAGGCGAUCAUGUACGAGGGCCAGGAUAAGAACCCUGAGAUGUGUCGGGUGCUGCUGACGCAUGAAGUUAUGUGCAGCCGGUGUUGUGAUAAGAAGAGUUGUGGAAACCGGAAUGAAACACCUUCAGAUCCAGUCAUCAUUGACCGAUUCUUCCUAAAGUUCUUCCUCAAGUGCAAUCAAAACUGUUUGAAAAACGCUGGAAAUCCCAGAGAUAUGCGGAGGUUUCAGGUUGUGAUAUCAACGCAGGUGAGCGUAGAGGGACCUCUGUUAGCCGUAUCCGACAACAUGUUUGUACAUAACAACUCAAAACACGGGCGGAGAGCGAAAAGACUUGAUCCCUCAGAUGGCCUGUACCCACCUCUACCUGUGGCGACACCCUGUAUAAAAGCGAUAAGCCCCAGCGAAGGAUGGACGAGUGGUGGUUCUACGGUUAUCAUCAUUGGAGACAACUUCUUCGACGGUCUACAAGUUGUUUUCGGCACCAUGCUUGUUUGGAGUGAGUUAAUAACAUCACAUGCGAUUAGAGUACAAACACCGCCGCGACACAUACCUGGUGUUGUCGAAGUCACCUUAUCCUACAAGUCGAAACAGUUUUGCAAAGGAGCUCCUGGUCGAUUUGUCUAUGUCUCCCUGAACGAGCCAACGAUAGACUACGGCUUUCAAAGGUUACAAAAACUCAUACCCCGGCAUCCUGGCGAUCCCGAAAAGUUACCAAAGGAAAUAAUCCUGAAACGAGCCGCCGACUUGGCGGAGGCACUGUACAGUAUGCCGCGUAACAAUCAGCUGUCGUUAGGGGCGCCUCGCUCGCCGCCGUCGGCCAUUGCCAAUCAGGGCAUGUCAGCUGGCUUCAACACAUACACCGGGCAGCUGGCUGUCAGUGUACAGGAGAAUGGAACGGGCCAGUGGGGUGAAGAAGACUACAACCGUGGCCAGAGUUCAAGCGUGUCCCCGCGUGCGGGAGCCGGUUACGGCUCGUCGGCCUCCACUCCACACUCGUCCAACGGGGGCGGCGGAGGUGGAGGAGGCGGUAACCCAGGCGGUGGGGCGGCAAGUGGCGGCAACUACACCACUAUGAACGGAGGCGGCAACUAUAGUACAGGGGGAACCGCCCCCCCACCACCGCCGGUCAGCUCGCAGCUAACCAACAUGGGGUCGCCGGGCCUGUUCAAUUCGUCAUCUAUUUCAGGAGUGGGUAGCCUGGUGUCGUCGCCGUUCGCGACCAUGAACCCGUUCGCACUGCCGACGUGCAAUUCGCAGUCGGCUGCGGCCGCGUACGGCGCCAGUCCACUGGUCGGGUCGUCCAAAUAACUCCGGGACAGUCUAGUUGCUGCUACGAGCUAUGCCACUGGACAACACCUAAGAAACUACGCCCGCUCCUCCCCCUACGACUAUCACAGUCUUGAACUCAAACACAACAUUGGAUAGAAAUCAGUGAAAUAGAUUCAAGUCUUGGAUGAAAAUGGAUAUAUUUCCCUUUAUUCAACACUGAAUUACUGUUUUCUUCUUGAAUUUGAAGAACCGCUUCUCUCCCUAUGACUAUCACAGUCUUGAACUCAAACACAACAUAGGAUAGAAAUCAGUGGAACAGGUUCAAGUCUUGUAUGAAAAAGGAUAUUCCGUUUAAUCAACACUGAAUUACUGUUUUCUUCUUGAAUUUGAAGAAUGGUUCAAGGUCUCAUAAGAAAUCUUGAAUAGGACUAUCAAAGUAAGCAACCAUCUGCUGUCUUGCUCUUUCCUUCUUUAAUUUGAAAAAUGGUUUAAGAUCCCAUGUUGAAAGUAAUGUUGAUGACAUUCUUGGAUUUCUUAUUUUUCCUUUGAAAGAAAUGGGUGAAAAUUUCAUUUGAUAAAAUAUUGGAAAUAGCAACUAUACGAUGAACCCAUUGAUAGAUUGGGUAGAGAACUUGGAUAGGAAUAAGUGGAAUAGGUUCCAGUCUUGUAUGGAAAUGGAUAUACAGUAUUUCCCUUUAUUGAACACUAAAUCACUAUUUUUCUCUUGAAUUCAAAAAAAAUUGGAUAGAAAUCAGUGAAAUGGAUUCAAAUUUGGAAUUGAGAUGAAUAUGUUCUCUCUUUCCAACACUGAAUCGCUGUUUUCUCCUUGAAUUGAAAAAAUGGUUUAAGAUUUCAUGAGGAAUGUUGAAAGUAAUGUUAGGAUGGACAUUCUUAAAUUUCUUAUUUUUCCAUACAGACUUGAAAAAAAUGGAUGAAAAUCACAAAAAAUGUUGGAAAUACAGUGGCAACCAUAAAAAACCUACCGAAUCCAUUAAUAGAUUAUUACUGUUUUUUUAAUGCUGAAUGCCAAAUAAAAAUAGGAUUAGAAUCCAAAAUUGAAUGAAUUUUUAAGAACACACAAUACAUCAAACUAGGAAGCAAGGUAAUUCCAAAGGGGAAUUUUCGGCAAAUCAUCUCACAACAAACUCAUGCUGGAUUCUUGUUCCUUCCUGGAUUGAAAGAGAAUUCAGAUUGAAAUCUUUUGAAAGGUUUUGGAAAUACAAUGAGAAUGAACAAUUGAAUAUAAUGUUUUUCAAGAUUCUUCUUUAUGUUCUAAACCUUUUUUAUGUGAUGAGUUGAAUAAUAAAUAAGUGAUGUGUUGAAAUGAAUUACUUGGCAUCAGAAAUAAUUAUGUAGCUCUAUGGAAAUUGUUCAAUUAUUGGUUCAAAGAUGAGACAUACCUGAAAGUAAGUUUAGUUGUUGUUAGUGAAUUUUCAAUUCCUGAACCAUUUUCCUAUGAAAAAUUUCUGAUUCUUGGAUAAUGAACGAUUAAAAAAAGUUGGAUUUUUAUUCCAUGCUCCUUCAACCAUUUGAACCAUCAAUAUAGAUUUGAGUUAUCAACUUCAACAUAGGGAGUGUUCUCUUUCAAAAAUAUUUAUUAUCUCUAUCACCACUUCAAAACAUAAUCACACCCUAUAUUAGCCAAAGAAAGCCGGUAUAUUCAUACCAAGAAGUAUUGUAAAUAAUGUAAAAUUGUAAAUAAAAUGGCCAUUCCAUUCUUAGCAUACGAUAAUUUCGUGAUUAAGUUACAAAAUAGAGUUUAGUGUCAAUUUAUAAAGCGUUUGUACGCUUAUAUAGUACAAAAAUAUAUCUUACUUCCAUCUUCCUUUCCUCACGAUAUUUCCUAGUUUUAUUGAAUGAAUUGUGUUAUGAUUCACUCAUACUCAAGUAUUUUAUUAUGUUACGCAGAAUGAAUCAUAAAGAUUGUUAACGAGUAUAAAUGGACCAAUUAGAUUUCAGUUAUAAAAGUCAAUUCCAUGAAUAGAUUUUUUUCAAAUAAUAAAUUUCAAAUCUGAAAACUAUCUAUUUAUCAUGUUAUUUAUGUUGAAUUGUUCUAUAUGUCUUAUUUCGAAAUGUAAUUAGUUCUAGGACUCUUCAACAAUCAUAUCAAGAAUAUUCGAAAUUGUCUUCUCUUGCUCAAGUAGCUUCUCUCAUUCCUUUUGAAGCAUACAAUGUUCAGUUAUCUACUGCAUUGAAUAAUAUUGUUUAUUUUUUCUUAUUUUCUCAGUCCAAAGAUCUCUCAAAUGAAUUUUUGUCCUCAAAAGAAAUAUUGCAUCCCACAUCAUACUUUCUAAUCAAAAAAUUAUUAAUUAAUUCGAAAUAUUUGUUUCUAUUUUGUCAAGGUAAAAAAAUGAAACAUCAUUUAGGAAUCUACUUUGAUGAUCCCAAAUAUUACUGUUUUGAUAAAACAAUUUUCUCCAUUGCCGUGACAAACUGAUAACACCUUAUCAAAUAAUCGUAUUAUAGGCUAUAUCAGCUUUGAAUCACUGCCCUAAUCAUUGCUUCAAGAAUCACGUUUUAUGAAAUCAUCAAGUGAAGGAGUCAGGUUGUGAUGAAUUAUUGAUGAAAUGUGUGUAUUUUACAUUUAUAAGAAUUAUUACUAGAAAUUGUUUUCUUCAUACUGUCAACGUAUAAGUUCCAUUAAAAAUGAUAUCAAUUUAGAUUGCAGAAAGAAUGGUAUGAUUUGAUCCCUUUGAGAACCUUUUGUCCAUUUUUUAUAAUGGAAAAGGAGUGUUUAAGUGCUUCUCAUUUUUACCAAAAGUUUAAUAAUUAUUGUAUAACGUUAUUCUAUAUUAUCUAUUACUUGUGUGAGUUCUAUUAUUAUAGUAACUAUUAUUUAUCAAUAAAACCAUCAAUAUCGAUAAAAUAUUCUUGUUGCUAAAUAAACACACGUCGAUACGAUCUUCAUUUUUUUUCUCAACUUUCAAAAUGUGUGUCUUCACUUCACUCAUAACAGUUCAAAAAUGUGUUAAUGAUUAACCAAUUUUAUUAUUAUACAAUAGUUUUAUUCAAACUUCUGGGAUCAAGUCAUGCCACAAUUCCAUUCGAACCCUUCAUAAAACUCUCAAAGAGAAACUCUCAAAAACUAUUGUAAAUGACAUUUUGCAUAUCAGUGGACUUGUUCACAAUAAAAACGAAACAAAAAAAGAUCAGCCAUUACAAUAUAGAUGGAUUUAUUUAUUCAUAAAAGUCAACAACAUAGUUUUGUACAGUAUCGAAUUGUAUAUAUUGAUACAUAAUAUAUCAUAAUCUAUUGUUAGUGAAUUGUUCUGUAAACAUUGUACUUGUGACAAAUAUAAUUAAAUUAAUAUUUCUCUUU